GGCCCUCUCGGCGGCCUAAAGGGUCGGUUGGGUGGGAGGGCGAAGGAGCCGCCCCUUCUAAGCAGGCGAGCUCUGCGGGGCAGGGAGGGGAGAGUGUGAGAUGGGACUCUGGCCGGCCCCGCACACCACCAAGCGUCCCCGCCAUGGCUCGCAAUUUCGAGCUCCUCUUUGACUCCUUAGGACACUUCGGCAGGUAUCAGGCAUGGGUUUAUUUUGCAUCUGUAUUUCAGUCUAUUUCUUGUGGCAUCCACUACUUGGCUUCUGUCUUCUUGGCUGUCACGCCAAAGUUUGUAUGCAGUGUCCCUGGAAAUGUGAGUAGCAUACUGAUUUACAAUUCAUCUAGUUCAAGAAUAGAGGAUGCCUGGACAUUCUGGACAUCAACACAAAGCUACAUCUUGGUCCAGCUGGAAAAUGGAGAUAUUUGGGAACUCAAUCAGUGCAGCAGGUCCAAACGAGAGGACGCUUCACAUUUUAUUUAUGAAUACAGUGGUAACAAGACUGAUGUCCCAUGUACCGAUGGAUUCAUCUAUGAUCAGACCAAAUGGCAGAGCACCAUUGUUACAGAGUGGGACUUGGUCUGUCAGCGGGAAUGGCUUGCAAAACUAACGCAACCCACAUUCAUGCUGGGAGUCCUUUUUGGAGCUGUGAUCUUCGGGGAUAUUGCUGACAGGAUGGGGAGACGACAUGUCAUGUGGUUCACAAGCACCGGCCAAUUUAUAUUUGGCAUUGCAGUGGCAUUCACAUUUGACUACACAAGUUUUGUGAUUGUCCGUUUCCUGCUUGCAAUGGUUUCAAGUGGCUAUCUGGUUGUAGUGUUUGUUUAUGUGACUGAAUAUAUUGGCAUAAAGGCUCGCACGUGGGCAUCCAUGCACGUCCAUGCGUUUUUUGCAGUGGGGAUUAUGGUUGUGGCUCUGGUAGGCUACUUGGCACAGACCUGGUGGGUCUACCAGAUAUGCCUUUCCAUAGCUACUCUCCCCUUUGUCUUGUGCUGCUGGAAGCUCCCAGAGACGCCCUUCUGGCUGCUCACGGAGGGAAGAUAUGAAGAAGCACAAAAAGUAAUUAAUGUAAUGGCAAGAUGGAAUAAAGUAAGCACUCCUUGUAAAAUUUCUGAACUGUGUUCCGUCCAAGAUGAUCUAGUCAGUAGCAGAACGGGUGAUAAUGACAUUUCUCCCGUGAAGAAGCACAACAUCUUAGUUCUGUUUCAUAACUGGCACAUUGCAAGAAGGACCAUUACAGUCUGGCUGAUUUGGUUCACUGGGAGUUUAGGAUAUUAUGUAUUCUCCCUCAGUUCCGUGAACCUUGGAGGCAAUGAAUAUUUAAAUCUGUUUCUCAUAGGUGCUGUGGAGCUUCCUGCGUAUGUCCUCGCUUGCAUAGGAAUGGACAAACUGGGACGAAGGAACACAUUGAUCCCAUUUCUCAUCUCAAGUGCAGUUAUCUGCGCUAUAGUAAUGCUGAUACCUCAGGAUUACAGUGUUCUAAUUAUUGUAGCAAAUAUGGCUGGAAAGUUUGCAAUAGGUGUUGCUUUCGGCCUUAUUUACCUGUAUACAGCAGAGCUAUAUCCAACAGUUGCACGGUCCCUUGCUGUGGGCAGUGGGAGCAUGAUGUGCCGAGUAGGGAGCGUGGUAGCACCUUUCUGUGUCUAUCUGUCAAGUGUUUGGAUCUUCAUGCCACAGUUGAUCGUUGGAGUCAUGGCCUUUUUGAGUGGAGUGCUAACACUAAUGCUGCCAGAAACUCUUGGGAAACCAUUGACAAAUACAUGGGCAGAACUAAAUGACGGUUUCAAAAAAGACAGUGGUUCAGAAAAACCUUCUGCAGCAUCACAGAGUGGUGCAGCGCUGGAGAAGAUUGAGAUGCUGAACUGAGAGCCACAUGGCACUGAUGGAUAAGAUACCCCCUUUUUGUUUUAGCUGCCAUGCAUCGUAUUGAGCACCUUCAUUUGCAAUAUCCAAUGGUUAGGUUAGUACAUGUGCCUUGUAAUCUGUACACCCUGUCAACAUGGGAGACGUAAAAAUUUGAGCUUGUAGAAAGUAUCUUGUGGAGUGAGUAAUGUUAAUUUAAAGAAGUGUUUUUCUGAUAUCAUAAAAAGAACUCUACAGUUUCUUUGUCAGAUUUCCUGCUGCCUUCUUUUCUUACCUUAGGAACCCUAGUCAAUAACUCUUAAAUUGCCAAUAAGCACAAGAAAUCAUGAACUGGUGUUGUUAUGUUCCCAGACAUUUAGAUAAUGUCUACACAGGAGGAAAGCUCUCAUAUAAUUGUAGCGAUUUCUUAAUAAAUGAAAUAUAGCGAUCUAGGUUUUCUAUGCUUUUGUCUCAUUGCUUACAAAUGUCAUCACUUUAAAAAAAGAAGCCAGCCCAUAGCUUUUGGAAAGAGUCAAAAAUUUGUACAAUGUGCAGGCAGUAUACACACUGCUUGAAUGUUACAGGAAUUUUGUGUGGCCAAAACAAAAUAUUGUUAGCAAACUGUUUGUAGUCUGUAGUAAUGUCUCUGUGGCACAGGUAAAAUCAGAUUGUUUUAAAAUUUA